AAAGAUAGCUUAUAACAGGGCAGUAGAAGUAGUAACUAAUCUUGUGUAAGCUAGCUAGCCAUGGAAAUAGCAUCCCUAUUUGUCCCCAUCAAUAUGACGACCUUCAGCUUGAGUAUGAAAAACCUGCUCCUCAUUUCAUCCUUCAUCCUCUUCCUAAUCAAAGUAGCGCUACCACUAAUUACCAAAUCGAAAAAACCCCUCGGCCAAAAAAAGAAUCUGCCUCCGGGCCCGCCGGGCCUGCCCGUGAUCGGCCACCUCCACCACCUUAUCGGCUGCGGCCUUCCCCACCGCACCCUCCACCGCCUAUCCCUCAAGUACGGUCCAAUCGUGCACGUGCGCAUGGGCGAGGUCUCGACUGUGGUGAUCUCAUCCCCUGACGCCACAAGGGAGGCCCUCCGGGACCGCGACCUGGCCCUAGCCGACCGGCCAUCCACCGUCGGCAGCGAUAUCUUCUUCUCCAACGACAUAUUCUUCUGCCCCUACGGAGACUACUGGCGCCAGAUGCGCAAGAUCUGCAUCAUCGAGCUCCUCAGCGUUAAGAGCGUCAGGUCAUUCCAACAGGUCCGCCUGGAUGAGGGACGCCGUCUCUUGAGGUCCCUUCUCCCGGAAAAAGAAGGUUCCCCUGCUGCUGCUGCUGCCGCAGUGGACCUCACCAAGAGGAUCGUCGAGUUUGCGAGCAUGACGGUGUGCAGGGCGGUGUUCGGGGAAGUUGGGGUGAGGGACCGGGCGGCUGUGGUGGAGAUGAUAAAGGAGGCGGCUAACUUGGCUGCCGGGUUUGGGCUGGCGGAUUUGUUCCUUUCCUUCAAGUUGCUACGUGUGUUGAGCUUGAACAGGGCUAAACUGGUGAGGAAGAGGCGUAGCGUGGACAGGGCUCUUGACGAGAUUUUGGAGGAGCAUAGGAGGAGGAAGGGGAGGAGUGGGGAGUUUGGUGAAGAGGACAUUGUCGAUGUUUUGCUUAGUAUGCAAAGGGAUGGGGACUUGCAGUUUCCAAUUACCGACGAUAAUAUCAAAGGCGUCGUCUUUGACAUGUUCGCUGCUGGAAGUGAAACACCGGGGCGCACAGUUGAUUGGGCGAUGGCGGAGCUCAUGAGAAAUCCGGACGUGAUGGCGAAAGCACAGGCAGAAGUACGCAGUGCUCUCAAAGGGAAGAAGUACAUUGAAGAGAGCGACCUGCAACAGCUUAAGUACCUAAAAAUGGUGAUCAAAGAAACAAUGAGGCUACACCCUCAAGCCCCAUUACUCUUUAGAGCGUGCAGAGAGGAAUGCGAGAUCAGUGGCUACUCGAUUUCUCCCAAGACAAAAAUCCUCAUCAGCUCCUGGUCUAUGGGAAGAGAUCCCAAGUAUUGGGCAGACCCCGAAAUCUUCUGCCCAGAAAGGUUCGAUAACAGCCCCAUAGAUUUCUCGGGUAACGACUUCAAAUAUAUCCCGUUUGGGUCGGGGAGAAGGAAUUGCCCCGCUGUCAAUUUCGGGUUGGCAAAUGUGGAGCUGCCGCUGGCUAUCCUUUUGUACCACUUUGAUUGGAGAAUGCCUCAAGGGAUGGAUCCGCAAGAUAUCGACAUGAGUGAAGAGGGAGGACUAUCCGCCAGGCGGACACAACAUCUAUUCCUGCUAGCUAGAGCCAUGGAAAUCGCAUCCCAGUUGGUCCCCAUCAGUUUGAAAAACCUGCUCCUCAUCUCAUCCUUCAUCCUCUUCCUAAUCAAACUAGUACUACCACUAAUUACCAAACCAAAAAAACCCGUCGCCCAAAAAAAGAAUCUGCCUCCUGGCCCGCCGAGCCUGCCCGUGAUCGGCCACAUCCACCACCUAAUCGGGCGCGGGCUUCCCCACCGGGCCUUCCACCGCCUAUCCCUCAAGUACGGUCCCGUCGUGCACGUGCUCAUGGGCGAGGUCCCGACUGUGAUCCGGCUGGACGAGGGACACCGUCUCGUGAAGUCCCUUCUCCCGGAAAAAGAAGGAUUUUUCGCUGCCGUGGACUUGACGAAGAAGAUCUUUGACUUUGUGAGCAUGUCUGUGUGCAGGGCGGUGUUUGGGGAAGUCGGGGUGAAGGACCGGGCAGCAAUGGUGGAGAUGAUGAAGGAAGCGGUGACCAUGGCAGCCGGGUUCGAGCUGGCGGAUCUGUUCCCUUCGUUCAAGUUGCUACAUUUGUUGAGCUUGAACAGGGUUAAGCUUGUGAGGAUGAGGCGUAAGGUGGACCGGAUUCUUGACGGGAUGUUAAAGGAGCAUAGGAGGAAAGGGAGGAGUGGGGAAUUUGGUGGGGAGGAUAUUGUCGAUGUUUUGCUUAGGAUGCAAAGAGAUGGGGACUUGCAGUUUCCAAUUACCGACGACAAUAUCAAAGGAGUUGUCUUUGACAUGUUUGCUGCUGGAAGUGAAACAUCGGCGGGAACCCUUGAUUGGGCGAUGGUGGAGCUUAUGAGAAAUCCGGACGUGAUGGCGAAAGCACAGGCAGAAAUUCGAGGAGCCCUCAAAGGGAAGAAGUUCAUUGAAGAGAGUGAUGUGCAGGAGCUCAAGUACCUAAAACUGGUGAUCAAAGAAACAUUGAGGCUGCACCCUCAGGCCCCAUUCCUCUUCAGAUCGUGCAGAGAGGAAUGCGAGAUCAGUGGCUACUCGAUUUCUCCCAAGACAAAAGUCCUCAUCAGCUUCUGGUCUAUGGGAAGGGAUCCCAAGUAUUGGGCAGAACCCGAAAUCUUCCGCCCAGAAAGGUUCGAUAUCAGCCCCAUAGAUUUCUCGGGUAACGACUUCAAAUACGUCCCGUUUGGGUCGGGGAGAAGGAAUUGCCCUGGUAUCAAUUUCGGAUUGGCAAAUGUGGAGCUUCCGCUGGCUAUCCUUUUGUACCACUUCGAUUGGAGGAUGCCUAAAGGAAUGGAUGCUAAAGAUAUGGACAUGAGUGAAGAGGCAGGAGUAACCGCCCCUCGAAAACAACAUCUUUUCGUGCUAGCUAGAGCUAUGAAAAUUGCAGCCCAGUUGGUCCCCAUCAAUAUUCAAAACCUCCUCCUCAUCUCAUCCUUCAUCCUCUUGCUAAUAAAAAUAAUACUCCCACUUACCGAACCAAAAAAACCCCUCGCCCAAAAAAAAAAUCUUCCUCCAGGCCCGCCGGGCCUGCCCGUGAUCGGCCACCUCCACCACCUAAUCGGCCAUGGGCUUCCCCACCGCGCCUUCCACCGCCUAUCCCUCAAGUACGGCCCCAUCCUGCACGUGCUCACGGGUGAGGUCCCGACUGUGGUGAUCUCAUCCCCUGACGUCACAAGGGAGGCCCUUCGGGACCGCGACCUGGCCAUAUGCGAGCGGCCAUCCACCGUGGGCAGCGACAUCUUCUUCGCCCACGACAUCUUCUUCUGCCCUUACGGAGACUAUUGGCGCCAGAUGCGCAAAAUCAGCAUAAUCGAGCUUUUGAGCGUCAAGAGCGUCAGGUCCUUCGAACGAGUCCGCCUGGAUGAGGGAUACCGUCUCGUGAAGUCCCUUCUCCCGGAAAAAGAAGGAAUUUUUGCUGACGUUGACUUGACGAAGAAGAUCUUUGACUUUGUGAGCAUGACGGUGUGCAGGGCGGUGUUUGGGGGAGUCGGGGUGAAGGAUCGCGCGGGGAUGGUGAAGAUGAUGAAGGAAGCGGUGACCAUGGCUGCAGGGUUCGAGCUGGCGGAUCUGUUCCCUUCGUUCAAGUUGCUACAUGUGUUGAGCUUCAACAGGGUUAAGCUUGUGAGGAUGAGGCGUAAGGUUGACCGGAUUCUUGAUGGGAUGUUGGAGGAGCAUAGGAGGAAAGGGAGGAGUGGGGAGUUUGGUGGAGAGGAUAUUGUCGAUGUUUUACUUAGGAUGCAAAAGGAUGGGGACUUGCAGUUUCCAAUUACCGACGAUAAUAUCAAAGGCGUCGUCUUUGACAUGUUUGCUGCUGGAAGUGAAACAUCGUCGGGUAUCCUUGAUUGGACGAUGGUGGAGCUUAUGAGAAAUCCAGACGUGAUGGCGAAAGCACAGGCAGAAAUACGCAAGGCUUUGAAAGGGAAGAAGAGCAUAGAAGAGAGUGAUGUGCAGGGGCUCAAGUACCUAAAACUAGUGAUCAAGGAAGCAUUCAGACUGCACCCUCCGGCACCGUUCCUCUUUAGAGCGUGCAGAGAGGAAUGCGAGAUCAGUGGCUACUCGAUUUCUCCCAAGACAAAAAUCCUCAUCAGCUUCUGGUCUAUGGGAAGAGAUCCCAAGUAUUGGGAAGAGCCCGAAAUCUUCCGGCCAGAAAGGUUCGAUAACAGCUCCAUAGAUUUCUCGGGUAAUGACUUCAAAUACCUCCCGUUUGGGUCGGGGAGAAGGAAUUGCCCCGGUAUCAAUUUUGGUUUGGCAAAUGUGGAGCUGCCGCUGGCUAUUCUUUUGUACCACUUUGAUUGGAGGAUGCCUAAAGGAAUGGAUCCUAAAGAUAUGGACAUGAGUGAAGAAGCAGGAGUGACUGCCCCACGGAAACAACAUCUUGUCGUGGUUCCCAUACCUUAUGAUGAUUCUUAAACUGAUUUACAACUCAUAAAUAAUCUGAUCGUCGGCCCUACUUGUGUGGACUGAUAACAUAUUUUGUGUCAGAGAAAUAAAAUUGGUGUGGAUUGAUAGCGUGCCAUUACUACAACUUAAUUUUAGAUGCCGAAAUGAAUAAUCAUUACGUGAUGUGCGAACAUUUAAUGGCAAUUUUUAAAUAGUUCAACAGAACAAUCUGGACAAGUGACGAAUUCAAACGUCAUUGAACAUAAGAUUUUUAGUGAACAAGUUAAAAGAUUGAAGCAUAUAUAUUUUUGUUUUCAUUGCAUGUAUGUUGCAAAUAUUGUGUCG